AAUCGUGAUACUGAGCAUCUACGUCGUCUUUGUAGCGGCAUCCUUUCACUUUCUGCGCUUCUUUCUCAAGGGAAUUUACAAUGCAUCAAUCAGUGGCAUUGCUUUUCAUCGUUAUCGGUGUUGCUGUGGCAAACCAACAAACGUUACGGGCAGUCGUACAUCUAACGCCUGACAAUGUAGAAAUCGCGAACGUAACAGGAUAUCUCAUUCUUACUCAAGACGAAGAAAGUUGUCCAGUGAAAAUGACUGGCAAAAUAUAUGGUCUUUCCGAAGGGUUACAUGGUUUCCACGUACACGAGAAAGGAGAUAUACGGCAAGGAUGCCUUUCAGCAGGUCCACAUUUUAAUCCUACUAAGGUCACGCACGGUGGACAACGUAGUCCUGUGAGACAUGUUGGGGAUUUGGGUAACAUUUUGGCAAAUGCUCAUGGAGAAGCUAGUGUGGAUAUCACAGAUUCUUUAAUAUCUCUCGCCGGACCACACAACAUUCUCGGACGUGCUAUUGUUGUUCAUGCCGGUGAAGAUGAUUUAGGAUUAGGAAUGAGUCCAGACUCUUUAACUACUGGAAACUCUGGAGGUCGUGUAGCUUGCGGCACUAUCAGUGCUUCAUAA